AAAAGCAUAGCCUGCGUAUUUCUCUCUACUUUAGUAAAAUGGCGGAGCUCAAGGAAGCAGACGCCGAACAACUACACCAGGAGGACGUCGAUAUAAAAGGUGGUGGAGUCUCAGACACACUGGUCCCAGAAGAGAGACAGCCUGCUGAGGAUGAUGCAUCUUCAGCCAGUAGUACUGUGGGGAAGACUGAGGCACUGGCAGGGGACAAUGAUGCCAAACCAUCAACCACAACCAGUGAUAGACACAUCUCUAUCCAGACCAAACUAGAGGGCCUGGAGGUGUUGACCGACCUAAACGGAGCUGGGAGGAAGGCGUGUCCACUAUGCCCUGAGGAGAAGUUUAAGGCCUGCUACAGCCACAAGCUACGACGCCACCUCCAGAACCUCCACUGGAAGGUCUAUGUGGAGUUUGAAGGUCAGAAGAUGUGCAUCUGUCACCUGCCCUGCAGACAGCUGAGGCCCAGCCCCAGCCCCAAUGGAGACCAGGCUCCAGGCAGGCUGGUGGCACAUUAUCACUGUGUAGUGUGUUCAGUCACCAUCGCCCGCAAGACGGACAUGAUCAGUCACCUGAAACGCCACGUCAACAAGGGAGAGACUGAGGCCAGCUACUCAGGCAGCUCUGAUGUGCCCUUUGAGGAGCCAGCUCCGUCUGGACAGGCCUAUGAGAUAAUGAAAGAGCUGGGGACCAAUGUUCAGCUCAUGCCCAACCAUACGACCCCACAGAAGACUGACACCUACUUCAACCGCAAGAUGAAGACCAACAGGCAGCUAGUAUUCUGUUCCCUGGCGGUCCUGGCUGAGGAGAGGAAUCCGUUGGAGAGUCUGGAUGCGUUUGGAGCCACAGGCAUUAUGGGACUCCAGUGGGCCAAGCACCUGCGGAACGCCGUCAAGGUGACCAUAACCGACAUCAAUGAAGUGUGUGUCAAGAUGAUCCGCGAGAACUGCAACCUCAACCACAUCCGGGUGGAGGGGUCGCGGGGGUCAUCCCGGGUCCCUGACGGGGGGGCGGGGGAUGUGGAUGGGGUGCCCAUCGCUACCGUGGAGGUCGCCAAGAUGGAUGCCAACGUUAUCAUGCACCUGAGGUCUUUUGACUACAUACACCUGGACCCGUUCGGCACGGCUGUCAAUUAUCUGGACUCUGCUUUCCGGAACAUCCGGAACCUGGGCAUCAUCUCUGUGACGUCCACGGACACGGGCUCCCUCUACUCUAAGUCCCUGAACGUCACGAUGCGCCACUAUGGCUCGAAUAUAGUCCGCACAGAGUACUACAAGGAGCUGGCUGCACGCAUGGUGCUGGCCACUGUAGCCAGGGCGGCAGCACGCUGUAAUAAGGGCAUAGAAGUGUUGCUGGCGGUGGCUGUGGAACACUUUGUCCUGGUGGUCGUCAGAGUCCUCAGGGGUCCCACCCAGGCCGACGAGUCAGCCAAGAGGAUCAGACAGCUCAUCCACUGCCAGUGGUGUGAGGAGAGGGUGUUCCUCAAACAGGGGAGCAUGGUGGAGGAAAACCUGUACAGACAACUGCCCUGCAACUGUCAUGGAAGCAUGCCUGGCAAGACAGCGGUGGAGCUGGGACCGCUAUGGUCUGGUCCUCUGUUUAACUCCGGGUUCCUGAGGAGGAUGUUGUUUGCAGCGGUGCAGCACAGUAUGAAGGAUAUUCAGCCUCUGGUCAAGACUCUGAUCUGUGAGUCAGAGUGCACAACCCUCAAGUCCUCUGUUCACGGGCCCACUGCACUCAUCAACCAAGUGGAAUGUGGUGUAGUCAUCAAGGUACAGAAGGUGGAGGAGUCGGGCACCGCUGACCACUCAGGGAAGAGAAAGACAGGAGAUGAGCCAGGUAACGUGGUGAAGAAGCUGAAAUCAGACGGGUCUCUGGAGCACCCAGCGUUCUACUACAGUAUUCACCGCCACAGCAUCAGAGGCAUGAACAUGCCCAAGUUGAAUAGGUUCCUGCAGUACUUGACGGAGGCGGGCUUCAGAGUGAGCCGCACCCACUUUGACCCAACAGGGGUGCGGACCGACGCCACGCUGGACCAGUUCAAGUCGGUGCUCACCAAAUACAGCGUGCCCACCUACACCAACACCACGACAACCCAAAACCCAGAGGAGACGGUACGGGCUAUGGAGUGACCCACCCUGGGGAGAAUCAAGGCCUCAUCACCUCUUCUCUCCCUCUCAGAGGUGACAUAUGUCUCAAAUGCCACCCUAUUCCCUAUAUAGUACACUACCUUAGACCAGGGCCCAUAACCCUAUUCCCUAUAUAGUGCACUACUUUUGACCAGGGCCCAUAACCCUAUUCCCCAUAUAGUGCACUACUUUAGACCAGGGCCCAUAACCCUAUUCCCCAUAUAGUGCACUACUUUUGACCAGGGCCCAUAACCCUAUUCCCCAUAUAGUGCGCACUACCUUAGACCAGGGCCCAUAACCCUAUUCCCCAUAUAGUGCACUACUUUUGACCAGGGCCCAUAACCCUAUUCCCCAUAUAGUGCACUACCUUAGACCAGGGCCCAUAACCCUAUUCCCCAUAUAGUGCACUACUUUUGACCAGGGCCCAUAGUAGUACACUAUAGGUAAUAGGGGGCAUUUUGUCUCUGUGCAGGGACACUGGCUGUAAAGAGUGGCUCACUCUGCACUGAUUUGUAUUUUCCUCCUGGUUUCAUUCAUCACUGGUACUUUGUAAAUGUUCUCUCACAAUGCUUCUAGAUUAAUAGAGUUCUGCUUUUCCAAUAGAGCUGAAGUAUUGGUUAAAUGCAGACAGAUAAUAGCCUCUCUUCUGCUCAUUGACUCAUAUUUAUUAUUCUUGUGAAUAAUUCCUUUACAAUUUUAUUUUCUGAGUUCAUCUUAAAUGGUGGCCGUUUUCAUCUUUUAAAAAAACUAUUAUGUACAUUUUUACUCUGGGUAAAAGGUAAUAAAAUAUUGUUGCAAAGCCUGAA